AUGACACUUGGCUCGCUAAGCUUUCUCCUUCUCCUUCUCCUUCUCCACACCCCAAGAUCUUAUUCUUCCGAGAUCAAUGAAAGACAAGGGUCAAGCCCAAAAUCUGAUGCUGAUCUCGUGGAAUAUCCUCUUGAUUUAGCAUUUUUGGUGGCUGAGUUCUGCUUGAUGGGUGCUACUGGUCGUGGAUUGGAUGCUUUUGCUCCAGGGUUAGCCCAGGGAGGACCCCCUCCUGUUGGUGGCAAAAUGGCCAAUCUGGAUCCCCUCACAAGAAAUCUCAGCUUACAAUAUGGUUUCAUUGCAGUUGGACAUUUGAGGGCCAUAAAGCGCGCAGUAAAAGGCUACCCUAGGCCAUUGCUGAAUAUAAGCAAGGAUUUAUUUGCUGAAACCCUGGAUCACUUCUUUGGACAACCUUUGCACCCACCUUUUGACCCUUAUGCCAAUUCCAUGAACUACAGAAUUGCCUGCUACAUAGUUACUUUAGUUGCCCCCAGUGCGUACGCUGGAAUCAUCCCAAAGCUACAGAACACCACGUCCAAAGAACUUGUUGCAGGGCUUCUAGGAGUAGCAUCUGGGAUUGAAACAAGUAAUCGAGCAUAUCUAUUUGAACACCAAGAAUGGCUGGUGGCACCAUAUACAAUAAGUGUGGCAGAGUUCACAGAUCGCAUUUCAGAGGGAGCGAAUAAGCUUGGAAAGGCAGGAUCCAAAAGUGAGGGCAUUGUAGUUCCUCCAUCACAAGGUGCUGAAGGAAGAGUUGCAGGUAAUGUGAUUGAAGCUGACAAAGAUUCACUCACAAAUGGAAGGGAUCCAGAGGAAACACUGAGAAUAGUAUAUGGGAGUGGUGAUGAACGUGUCCCCGGUGGCUUCUACCCCAAGGGAGGAAAUAGUCGUAUAGCCAAACAUUACUUAGACAGUAUGCCAUAG